ACACAAGGAAGAUUAAUCACCUGCUUCCAGAAAUGGCCUGCUAUCUACGCAACCACUUGCUGUGCCUCACUUCCAGCCAAAAUUCUUAAUACAGGAACAUCCCUCACCACAAUCCUAAUACUGUCAGUAGCUGCCCUGCUGUCCACAGCAGCCCCUCUGAGCUGCCGUAUUAAUUGGUCUUUCCAUUAUGGAGGAAAAAUGCAACAAUCCUUUACUUACCAUCUUCAUAUAGAAAAAUCCUGUUAUGGAACCUUAGUCGAGGAAUGUCUUGAAUCAGGGAAAAGUUGUUAUAAAGUAAAAAAUCUAGGAGUAUCUGGCAGUCCUAAUGGGGCUGUAUGUCCCAAAGGUAAGCACUGGCUUUGCUUCACCAAAAUUGGACAAUAAGUAAACACUCAAGUGCUUGAAGACAUAAAGAGAGAACAGAAUAUUGCCAAAGCAAAAGCAAAAACAACAACUCCCCCCAAAAAUCACCCGUAGUAUUUCCAUUCCUUUAUACAAAACUACAAGCAAACUCUUGGUUAUUUCCCAUUCUAUUUCCUCAUCUCACAUAACCCUCUGCACAAUGUCGCAGACAUCCCUGGUUUCCGCAGACACCUGUAUAUUCGGUCUCGAGUUUUGACUCCAGUCCAGAUCCCUCGCCUUCUCCCCAGACCCAAUGCCUAUGGGGAUUCCUCACCUAGAGGACCCAUAGGCAAUCCACAUUCUCCAAAGAAAUGCCCUGCCUUGUUGUAA